UGAAUCGGGGUCGGGUUCGGGGUGGCACAGGGAAGCCAGGGAUGCGGUUCCGGGGCACGGCGCUGUGCCUGAGCUUCUGAGCCGUGGCUCAGGCUGCAGGGGCGGCGGGGCCGGUCCGAGCCUGGCUUGGGGCAGGGGGCGAGCCCCGGAAAGUGGAGCAGAACCGGUGCUGGGAGGAGGGCCUCGGCCCAGAUACCGACCCUCCUCCCACUCCCCCCUGCUCCUCCGCCCCGAGGAUUUCAACAUUCUGAGAAGGGGACCAUGACAGAAGAAAAAGGUUACUACUUUAAGGCUUCUCCAACAGUAUCCAUAUCUGGGACAGAGAGUAAUAAAUUGACUAUGAGCUGGAUCCAGAGUUGAAAAGGAGAAGGUAAUCCCUUUAAACAAUAUGAAGAGGAGAAAGUAGACUUUUAAAGAAAUUGGCCUCCAUAAAGAAUGGCCUUCUUGGAUAACCCAACGAUCAUCUUGGCUCAUAUCCGGCAAUCCCAUGUGACCAGUGAUGACACAGGGAUGUGUGAGAUGGUCCUGAUUGAUCAUGACGUAGAUCUGGAAAAGUUUCAUCCACCUUUGGUGCCUGGAGACAAUGGUUCAGAAAUGCCCGGAAGCAGUGUGGAAACUCAGGGCUAUGUCUAUGCCCAAUCUGUUGACAUUACCUCAAGUUGGGAUUUUGGUAUCAGAAGGCGCUCAAACACAGCUCAAAGAUUAGAGCGACUUCGAAAAGAGAGACAAAACCAGAUAAAAUGCAAGAAUGUUCCAUGGAAAGAAAGAAAUGCUUCUCAUUCAGCAGAGGAGCUCAGUUCAUUGUUUGAAAAAAAGAAUUUCAAAGUCAAGUCUUCAAGUGUGGGGAAGCCGUCGCUACUCUCCGUGCGUCUAGAGCAGUGCCCGCUCCAGCUGAAUAAUCCUUUUAAUGAGUAUUCUAAAUUUGAUGGUAAGGGUCACGUAGGGACCACUGCAACCAAAAAAAUUGAUGUCUACCUCCCACUGCACACAAGCCAAGACAGACUGCUACCAAUGACAGUUGUGACCAUAGCACAUGCCAAGGUGCAUGACCUAAUCGGCCUAAUCUGCUGGCAGUAUACAAGUGAAGGACGAGAACCCAAACUCAAUGACAACGUCAGUGCUUAUUGUCUCCAUAUUGCUGAGGAUGACGGUGAGGUUGACACAGACUUUCCUCCCCUGGAUUCCAAUGAGCCCAUUCAUAAAUUUGGCUUUAGCACUUUGGCCUUGGUUGAGAAGUAUUCAUCUCCUGGUCUUGCAGCCAAACAGUCGCUCUUUGUUCGAAUAAAUGCUGCUCAUGGAUUCUCCCUUAUUCAAGUGGACAGUACAAAGGUCACCAUGAAGGACAUCUUACAGAAGGCGCUGAAGCGGAGGAAAGGCUCUCAGAGGGGUUCAGGUCCUCAGUAUCGCCUGGAGAAGCAGAGUGAGCCCAAUGUCCCUGUGGACUUAGAAUGCACCCUGGAGAGCCAGAGCACUUUGGAGUUCUGCCUUGUGCGAGAGAACAGUUCCAGGGGAGAAGGGGUUUUGGAGGAGGAUCCUCAGACUGACAUAGCCACAGUACAAGACAUGCUGUCCAGUCACCAUUACAAAUCUUUCAAAGUCAGCAUGAUUCACCGACUCAGAUUCACGACGGAUGUGCAGCUAGGUAUCUCUGGAGACAAAGUGGAGAUAGACCCUGUCACUAACCAAAAGGCCAGCACAAAGUUCUGGAUUAAGCAGAAGCCCAUUUCAAUUGAUUCUGACCUGCUGUGUGCCUGCGACCUUGCUGAAGAAAAAAGCCCAAGUCACGCGAUGUUUAAACUUACCUAUCUAAGCAAUCACGACUACAAACAUCUCUACUUUGAGUCAGAUGCUGCUACUGUCAAUGAGAUUGUGCUGAAGGUGAACUAUAUCCUGGAAUCCCGAGCAAGCACUGCCCGGGCUGAUUACUUGGCUCAGAAACAAAAGAAACUGAGCAGGAGAACAAGCUUUAGCUUCCAGAAGGAGAAGAAGUCAGGACAGCAGUAAUGGCUGGAACAAAAACACUGAUGUGCCACCCUUCAAAGCCGCAGCAGCAACAGCCGCAGCAGCCCUCCCACAGCCUUGGUGGGCACCAGCAAGGGGAGGCCCUAGGCUCUGUACAGUUUCUCAUGGUUGAAAGAUCCUGAACACCAUGUUGGGGAUGGAAUGGAACCCGGAAUUUGGUGGGCCGCCCUAUGCCCUUUGAUCAGAGCCCCUCCAGCUGGAGCUGAGACUCCAAUGAGGAUAGCAGAUAUUUGGGUUAGAAGUCAGACAAGAUCACAUGCUGGGUGAACUCCAUUAUGUAGCACAUACAAUCACAAA